GGUAGAAGCUCGCUUACAUUGGAUCAUGUUACAUCGUCGGACUUGGAUUGUUGUCUGAUUUUCUAUUGUGCGUUGUUUAAAUAAUCUGAAAAGAAAUACAAGUCAUCUCGAGAAUUCAGUUUUUCCCUUUCGCGGUUAAAAUUCACUUUAACAAUCUGGACAAGAAUGAAACGUAUGCACGUGUAGAAAUAAGAGGUAAUACUCGUUUAUAUCUCUCAAGGAAAGUUCUUUCAUCAAAGAAAAAAUUGUUGGAUUUAAAUUGAUAAGACGACAGAACUAUCUUUGAAAGUGCAACGAACUUACAUUCACAAAGGGACACCUUCAUUAAUCAUUGUCCUCAUACGAAAGGCAAGAUGACUCUCUUCCGGAAGUACAAUGAAAAAAUACCACGCAGAGGUAUUCUUGGUGCAAUGAUGUUUUUGGCCUGUAUGUUCUCAUAUGUGAUACGUACAAAUUUGUCUAUUACCAUUGUUGCUAUGGUAAAUGCGACCAGUAAAACUGGAACUGUUGGUCCUAUUUGUAUUGCAAGUUCUCUUACGAGUAAUAAAACUACUGAACUAAAAGAUUAUGGUGAACGUUACGAGUGGAAUCAGCAUAUACAAGGGCUUUUGCUUUCUGGAUAUUUUUAUGGUGUUUUACCAGCCAGCGUACCAGCCGGACUUUUAGCUGAAAAGUAUGGAGGUUCUAAAGUGGUUGCAUUUGCCACGUUAAUUCCUGCAGUAUUAAAUCUUUUGAUGCCAUGGGCUUCUAGUAUUCACUAUGGCUUUGCUUUUGUGCUUCGUUUUAUGAUGGGAUUUUUUGGUGGUGCUGUUUAUCCUGCUCUUCAUGCAAUGAUUGCAAGAUGGGUACCACCUAGCGAAAAGGGGAUGUUUGUGUGGACUAUGCAAGGUGGACCUUUUGGUACAGUUGUAACAUUUUCUUUAUGCGGCCAAGUAAUCAGUGCUUUUGGAUGGAAAGCAGCAUACUAUGUUACCAGUGGACUUAUGUUACUUUUUUAUGUUCUGUGGGUUUAUCUUAUAUAUGAUACACCUGAUGUUCAUCCAGGAAUCACUCAAAAAGAAAAGUUAUAUAUAAAAGAGCAAAUAGGUACAUCUAUAUCAAAACAAAAAAUGCCACUUCCUAUAAAAUCUGUUAUCACAUCGGUACCAUUCUUAGUUCUAUUAUGGGCUCACUUUGCAAAUAUGUGGGGCAUAUAUUUCAUUGCAACUAAUGGCCCAAAAUAUACUUUGGAGGUACUUGGAUUCAACAUGAAAUCGGGUGGCUUUUUAACAGGCUUACCUUACAUAGCAAGAUUAGGUGCUGGAGUAUUAUUUGCAGCUGCAGGUGAUUAUAUUCGAAGAAAAAAUAUUUUAACUUUAGGACUGAUUCGUAAAAUAUUUAUGCUGUUUUCACAUAUGGGUCCAGCUGUUGCCUUGAUUAUUAUGACUUAUGCUGGAUGUGAUGCAACAACAGCAAUGGUGAUGUUGAUCUUGGCAUUGACUUUUAAUGGUGCUGCUUGCCAAACUAGUUUAGUAAAUCAUCAAGAUCUUGCACCGAACUUUGCUGGUUCUUUGUAUGGUGUUAUGAAUACUUUUGGUAGUUUUCCUGGAUUUAUUAUCCCACCAAUUAUUGGUGCUUUAACCAACGAAAGAAAUGGAGUAGAAGAAUGGCGUAUUAUGUUCUGGUUAUCAGCAGGAGUAUUUUUUUCGGCAACAAUUCUAUUUUGGAUCUUUGGAUCUACGCAAAUACAACCAUGGAACGACUUGAGCCAUUCUAAACCUACAGAAACACUAGAAGAAGAGAAGCAAAUGACAGUAAUGGAAGUGCCGAUGAAAGAAUUACAGACUGAGAAUGAGGAGAAUGAACGUCUGUAAAGUAUUACAGAUAAUUUAAAAUUUAGAUCGAAAUAUGCUAGGUUACAUUUUUAUUAGGGAAGGUAAUUUUAAGUUUUUUUUAUCUCAUCAUCUUUCCACUAUUUUUUUUUUUUUUUUUUUUUUUUUUUU